AUGGUCGGAAGUUGGGGCUCGGUUCGAGUGGAGAUUGAUUGGUGGCAGUGCCGACCGACCGAGUCGCUCUCUCCUUCGAGCGUUGCCCUCGUCCUGGUCCUGUACGUACGCCGAGCGGCAUCCGCAACGACUUUGCAUGCUUCUUUCGACACAGAAACGCCUCGUGAUCCGCAGCCGGCCGGGCCCAUAUCCGUCAUGGGCCAUCAAGAGGCUCUCGCUCUCGCACCCGGAGCGACGGGCCAGCCAGAUGAGGGACCGAUGCCGUUCGGGUCGGGAUGGAAGAAGGAGUUCCUCUUUGACCCGGAGUGGCGCAACUUGAACCACGGGUCAUUUGGCACGUAUCCCAAGCACGUCCGCGACAGGCUCCGGGCGUACCAGGACCAGGCUGAGGCCCGUCCGGAUCCGUUUAUCCUCUACGAGCAGCCCAAGCUCAUCGACGCUGCGCGCGCGGAGCUCGCCGGGCUGCUCAACGCGCCGCUCGAGACGGUCGUCUUUGUGGGCAACGCCACGGACGGCGUGAACACGGUGCUGCGCAACCUGGCGUGGAGCGAGGACGGCAAGGACGUCAUCCUCAGCUUCUCGACCGUCUACGAAGCGUGCGGCAAGGCGGCCGACUACCUGGCCGAGUACUUCGAGGGGAAGCUCGAGCACCGGGACAUUGCCAUCGCGUACCCGCUCGAGGACGGGGAGAUUGUCGACGCUUUCCGGAGGGCCGUCGGGGGGAUCCGGGACGAGGGCAAACGUGCCAGGGUGUGCAUCUUGGACGUGGUGUCGUCCCGGCCCGGCGUCGUCUUCCCCUGGGCGGACGUGGCCAGGGCGUGCAAGGAGCUCGGGGUGACGAGCCUCGUCGACGGCGCCCAGGGCGUCGGCAUGGUGCACCUGGACGUCGCGGCGGCCGACCCCGACUUCUUCGUCUCCAACUGCCACAAGUGGCUGCUCGUCCCCCGAGGCUGCGCCGUCUUGUACGCGCCCGUGAGGAACCAGCACCUGCUGCGGACGACGCUCGCCACCAGCCACGGCUUCGUCCCGAAGCUGGCGCGGCGCACGACGCCGCUGCCGCCGCCGCCGCCGGCCAAGAGCGCCUACGUCACCAACUUUGAGUUUGUCGGCACCCGGGACAACGGGCCGUACAUGUGCGUCAAGGACGCCAUCGAGUGGCGGCGCCGUGUCUGCGGCGGCGAGGACAGGAUCAUCUCGUACCUGUGGGACCUGAACAAGAAGGGCGUCCGGAGGGUGGCCGAGGCGCUGGGCACCACGUACCUCGACAACAGCAAGGGCACCAUGACCAACUGCGCCAUGGGAAACGUCGCCCUGCCCGUGUGGGUGGGCGAGCGAGGCGAGGGCGCCCGGGAGACGGACGUGGUCGUCCCCCGGGAGCACAGGGACACCGUCUUCCAGUGGAUCACGGAGACGCUUGUCAGGGACUACAGGACCUUUAUGUCGCGCUUCAUCAUGGGCGGCCGGUACUGGAUCCGUAUCAGCGCCCAGAUCUAUCUGGACCUGGCCGACUACGAGUUUGCCGCCAAGGCGCUGGGGGAGCUGUGCGAGAGGAUCGGCAAGAGGGAGUAUCUGGAGGACCGGCAGACUGCUAUGCCCGGAGACGGUUUCAGCAGCAUGUCGCAGUAG